CUUCAUACAAGAAGAACAAGAAUGGACCGGUGAGCUGUUGUGCACACAAAUAAAGACGUCGCUCAACUCGGCUGCAGUAAACAAUUUCCAUCAUGUCCACAGAGUCCACUUCUAGUCCGGCCCAGGAUCCAGGCAUAGCUUUGGUCCAGUUUCAGUUGGGACUUUAUCGAGAGGUGGCCCGACUCCCUCCCUUGUGCCGGACCUACCAACAUGCAAAGAAACUGGCUUCAGAGAUGAUUGAGAGGAAGGCUCCCACCUGCAGUGUGGUUGGUGCAGGAGAGAGGAUCCUCCUGUUCAGACACUGUUCCUCCUCAGACCUGCUCCUGAAGCUGCUCCAGGACCAGGACAAGCUGUGGGACGGGGAUCUCAUCGAGGUUGUCAUCUCAGGGUCGGCGUCGGUUACAGAGAUGAGGAUCCACCCACACUCACUGGUCGUCCAAUCGUAUCGCACGCCCACAUUCUGUCAUCACUGCGGAGAGAUGCUGUGGGGGCUGGUGAGACAGGGGCUCAAGUGCACAGGUUGUGGGUUAGAUUUUCACAAGCGCUGUGCUAUACAGUUGCCCAAUAACUGCAGCCGAGCUCGGAGGCAGGUGAGCACCAGCCUGUCUCUGUUCCCUCCACGCAGACCCCCCACACACUCCCUCUCCAACCAGGCAGGGGGCAGCAUGGAGGAGAUCAGCCUGUCGAAACCCUCCUCCAGCUCUCCCUCCUGGGUAGAGGUGGGUUACUGCAGCUCUGGAUCCCUGGUCCCUCACACCUUCCACAUCCACAGUUACACCAAACCUACCGUGUGCCAGCUCUGUCACCGACUGCUCAAAGGGCUCUUCAGACAGGGACUGCAGUGUUCAGAUUGCAGGUUUAACUGUCACCAGCGCUGUGAGCCUCUGGUCCCUAAAGAUUGUCCUGGAGAGAGAAAAACUGCCAAUGGAUCCUCAGGGCCUGGUUUGGUGGUACCUACUGAUCCAGACGAGAGCGAGUUAGAGCUGGAUGCCACUUAUGAAGAAAGCCUCAGUGAUGAGGACAUGCCCAUGGACGGAGACUCAGACCACCAGCAGAGAGAGCCCAUGAGCCCAUGCUUCAGUAACUACAUCCCUCUGAUGCGGCUGGUGCAGUCAGUUCAUCACACAAAGAAAAGAACUGAUGGAGUUUUGAAAGAAGGAUGGCUCCUGCACCACACCAACACUGACUCACUGAAAAAGCGUCAUUACUGGAUUUUGGACUGGAAGACCAUCACUUUAUAUCAAAAUGAGAGCAGCAUGAAAUAUUACAAGGAGAUCUGUCUGUCCGAAGUGCUCCAAGUCCGUGCACCCUCUCUCCUCUCUGUCCUGACUCCACUCUUGGACCGUAUCAGCAGUAGUUGCAGCAGCAGUAGUAACUGUUGUAGUAGUAGUGCUACUACUAUUAGUAGUAAUAGCACUCAUUCCUUUGAGCUGGUGACUUCCUCUCAGGUUUACUGCAUCAUGGCUGGAGAAGAGAGCGUUUCCUGGGAGAUUGCCAUCAGACAGGCCCUGAUGCCUGUCCAGAGCAGUACCACAUCCAACCAGCAGGGAGAGAGUACAGAGCCUUACAAUGACAGCAUGGACAUUAGCUGCACAUAUCAGAUUUUCACCAAUGAUGUGCUGGGUUCAGGCCAGUUUGGAGUUGUCUAUGGAGGUGCACAUAGGACAUCUGGUCGGGCUGUUGCCAUAAAAGUCAUUGACAAAACUCGCUUCCCCACAAAACAGGAGCGUCAGCUGAGGAACGAAGGGGCCAUACUUCAGAGCCUGUCACACUUGGGUGUGGUUUUACUGGAGGGGAUGUUUGAAACCUCGGAUCAUGUUUUUGUGGUGAUGGAGAAACUUCACGGUGACAUGUUGGAAAUGAUUUUGUCCAGUGAAAAAGGAAGACUCCCUGAACGCAUCACACGCUUCCUUGUGAUACAGAUUCUGGAGGCUCUGCGUUACCUGCAUUUAAAACACAUCGCUCACUGUGAUCUAAAACCUGAAAAUGUGCUUUUGACUUCUGCAGACUCUCUUCCUCAGGUGAAGCUGUGUGACUUUGGCUUCGCCCGUAUCAUCGGCGAGAAGUCUUUCCGGCGCUCUGUGGUGGGCACUCCGGCGUACCUGGCUCCAGAAGUGGUGGGUUUGGGGGGGUACAACCGGUCCCUGGACAUGUGGUCUGUGGGGGUGAUCCUGUACGUGAGUCUCAGUGGUACUUUCCCCUUUAACGAAGACGAAGACAUCAAACAACAGAUCACCAAUGCAUCCUUCAUGUACCCACGGCAAACAUGGGCACCCAUAUCACUGCAGGCGGUGAAUCUGAUCAGUAACCUGCUACAAGUGUCCACGAGGAGGCGCUAUAGUGUGGGCAAAGCGCUGGGGCACCGCUGGUUCCAGAACUUCCAGUUGUGGUGUGACCUGAGGGAGUUUGAGCAGAGAGUGGGCUGUCGAUAUCUGACCCACCAAAGUGACGACGAGCACUGGAGAAACUAUGCCCAAGAGAGUGGACUGGACCUGCCCCCCCACCUGCUCUGGGACCCCCUCCCUGACCCCACCCGGGACAUGUGACUACUGA